CUAAAAACCUCACCAGCCGCAGAAGCACACCGGUGCUCCUCUUCCCCCUCCUCUUCUACCAAUUUCCGCUUUUCGAUGGCUUCCUCUCUCUUCACUUCCCCCAAAUUCUCUCACUUUCCCUCUCUCUCCUCCAAAUCAUCCCCCUUUCCUCCUUUUCCUCCUCCUGCUCUGUACUUUCGGUCGCCUCCCUCCACUUCCCUCCUCAAGACCUCUGUCAUCUCCUGCUCUCUCAAUUCCUACGUUUCCCUCGGCUCCCGCCCCGGCCCUGGCCCCGGCCACCGCCCCGACUACAUCCCUAAUUACAUUCCAGACCCCAACUAUGUUCGCAUCUUCGAUACCACCCUCCGGGACGGUGAACAAUCCCCUGGAGCCGCUCUCACCUCCAAGGAGAAGUUAGAUGUAGCUCGUCAGCUUGCCAAGCUCGGCGUUGACAUUAUAGAGGCUGGCUUCCCUGCUGCCUCCAAAGAUGACUUCGAGGCGGUGAAGACUAUUGCCAAGGAGGUGGGUAAUGCGGUGGAUAAGACUGGUUAUGUUCCGGUUAUAUGUGGGUUGUCUAGGUGUAAUGAGAAUGAUAUCAGAUCUGCAUGGGAAGCCGUCAAGUACGCCAAGAGGCCCAGGAUUCACACUUUCAUUGCAACAAGCGGGAUACAUAUGGAAUAUAAGUUGAAGAAAACAAAGGAAGAGGUUUUGGAGAUUGCCAGGAGUAUGGUUCGGUUUGCUAGGAGUUUGGGGUGUGAUGAUGUCGAGUUUAGUCCUGAAGAUGCUGGCAGAUCUGAUAAGGAGUUCCUGUAUGAGAUUUUGGGUGAAGUGAUUAAGGCUGGAGCGACAACUCUAAACAUUCCUGAUACUGUGGGUAUAACUUUGCCUAACGAGUUUGGACAGUUGAUUGCUGAUAUAAAAGCCAAUACUCCUGGAAUUGAGGAUGUUAUUAUUUCAACACACUGUCAAAAUGAUCUUGGACUUGCUACUGCCAACUCACUAGCUGGGGCUGCUGCAGGCGCAAGGCAACUGGAAGUAACAAUCAAUGGCAUUGGUGAAAGGGCUGGAAAUGCUUCACUAGAGGAGGCUCUUUUGUGGAGUUCUUGGACACAGUUUUUCUAUGAGGUGGUCACUUUUUUAUCUCCCAUUCAUCCUGUUGUCAUGGCCUUCAAAUGCAAAGGAAAGGACAUAUUAGGAGGUCUUUAUACAGGAAUUGAUACACGAUGUAUUGUGAUGGCAAGCAAGAUGGUGGAAGAGUACACUGGUUUGAAUUUGCAGCCACACAAGGCUAUUGUUGGAGCCAAUGCAUUUGCUCAUGAAAGUGGUAUCCACCAGGAUGGAAUGCUAAAGCACAAAAGUACUUAUGAAAUUAUAUCUCCUGAAGAGAUUGGGCUUGAACGCUCCAAUGAGGCUGGUAUAGUCCUUGGUAAACUUAGGUAGGUAUUAUAUUUUGAAAAUUUUUCUUUCUUACCUGGUAGAUCUUGUUCUUUUACUUGUGUAGAUAAUUUGUUAAGCGUUCUAAGCAUGGUAUUCCUUUAAGUGGGAGUGGUGUUUUUUGAAGUGACUUUUCCUUGGGCUUUUCAGUGCUUGACUGAGAGUGAUGUUGAAUGGGUGGACUAAGUAGUUAAAGAUUUGACAUAAUUAAGCAUUAUAUUUUGGGAAACCUACCCACCCUUGUCCCCCCAAGUUGCCCAUGAACUUGUAAGUUUUGAGGGUCUUUGCCCUUGUGGUUAAAAGUUAGGCAAACCCCCCAAAUCUGCCCCUCAAAUAAGAGGGUAGGGACAGAUCCAUGCCUCAAAAAAAGGCAGGGACAAAUUGCCCCUCGAAAUUAUCAAUAAAGGCCUAUUAUUUAACAUGUGAUGAUUUCAUACGUCAGUUUUCUGUUAUAAAAAAUGGUUAGGUGGCAAACAAAUUUCUGAGAUGUGAUGAUGUAAUAUAUUAAAUAAUGGAUAAUUUGUCUUCAUCUAUAAUUUGGAGGAGCAGUUUGUCUCUACUUUUUCUUGAGGAGUGGAGUUUUCCCUAUCGUCCUAUUUGAGGGGCAGAUCUGGGGCUUCUGCCUAAAAGUUAAGGAUUUAGACCCUCUGAGUACGUAACUUGAGCUUAUAUGCCCAAAGUUAACAUAAAAGCAGCACAUGAUUCACAUUACCGUUAAGUUGCCAUGAACAGUUGUCCCCUCAGUGCCAUCUAAGUGCUUCUCAUCACGUGGCAUAUCUUAAUAUUUCCAUGAUUAUGAUGUAUUUUCCUGCUGUUGGUUGUGGAUUUUUUGCACGGAUCACCUAUUUAGUGUGGGUGGAACCCAUUGGACAUGGAUGGGAUAAUCUUCACAAUGUGAAUGGGUAUAUAUCUUACCAUCCAAGGCAUUUGCCGCUUCUUGGGGGUGAUGGAUGCCAUUUCCUUUUAUUUGCAUCUACUUAAAUUAAGUAGUUGUGUAUGA